CGCUUGACGCUGCUUUAGAGGACCGGACACCCCUCCUCUUUGACUGUCGACCGGAUCGUCACCAAUCUGCUCCCUUUUCAACCGGGACAUCUCCCUCCUCCCCGAACUUGGUCGUAUCUCUUUUCUAUCCAGUACCAUUCAACUCAAUCCCUGCAAACAUGUCUUCGAGAGACACCCCUGACCCCUUGACCACGUCGAACUCUUCUAUCACAAACGCUCCUACCAUGACUUCGUCUUCGUCCACUACUUCAAGCCCGUCUCCGGCCAUGUCCAACUCCGCGGCUCCCUCUGCUUCAGCUCGUCGACCUCAGCGGAAGAGCACUCUGACCCAGCAGCAGAAGAACAACAAGCGGCAGCGGGCGACCCAAGAUCAACUAGUUACUCUCGAGGUGGAAUUCAACAAAAACCCUACUCCCACGGCAGCCACGCGCGAAAGAAUCGCCCAAGAGAUCAACAUGACUGAACGGUCUGUCCAGAUCUGGUUCCAGAACAGACGCGCAAAGAUCAAGAUGCUCGCCAAGAAGAGCAUCGAAACGGGUGAAGGCUGCGACUCCAUCCCUGAGUCAAUGCGCCAAUACUUGGCUAUGCAGUUCGACCCCAGCAAGCCUGGUGCAAGAGACCCCUUUGGCCGCACAGGCGGGUAUGGAACCAAUGGUGCUUAUCCCCAUGAGUCGGCUCCUUCUGGCAAAGUUGUUAUCCACCACUUCACUUGUCGAUCCUUGACUAUCGGUAGCUGGCGACGCAUCGGACAGAACGCUAUGGAUCUGGUGGUGUUCUACUCCCCGGAGAAGGCCUGCAUGACCUAUUACAUCAACAACGAUUCUGCUGGAUACAAGAUCGAAUACCCGUUUGCCUACAUCAAGAAUAUCACUCUGGAGUCGGGUGAUCAGACUCCUCAGCCCAACGGCGCUCCUCCGCGACCCGGCGGCCUUGUCGUCGAAUUGAACCGGCCUCCGUUGUUUUACAUGGACUCGUCCAACUCGGGCGGGUUUUACCAGUGUGGCGACUUUACGGAGGAUCAGCAAGCCAGCCAGAUCAUGGUCCACCAUCUCGGGGGACAUCCCAAGGUUCUCAGCGUGCAACUGGCUAAGCUCGUGUCACUGGAGUCUUUCCAGAACCGUCUUGCCUACAACAACUUUGCCAUGAAUCCGCCCAUGUCGCCUCCCUUCAUCCAACGCCCUGCUUCCCAGCCGAAUCAAUUCGCUCCAACUUUCCUGAGCGUGCUGCCAGAGAGUCAUCCUCAUCUGAACAUCCACGCCAUGCGCGGACACAAGCGUCAGAGAAGUCGUUCAGUUCCGGUAGCUGUGGACUUCUCUGCCAUGCAGGCUCCUCUUGCCCACUACAAUAUGCCACAGACCCCUGCUCAAUUCAAUCACUCGGAUACCGGUAUCUUUGCUCCAGUACCUCAGUCAACUCACCCCUUAGCUGUGAAUCUCCGGAUAGAUACCUCUGCCGCCUAUGGGUUCGACCCGCGGACACACCCCAUGUCGGCGACUACAACUGCCUCCCCAUCUGACUUUGCCAGUCCCGGGCUCUUCAGCACCGGCGCUGGUGGUGACUCGACCCCUGUUGCUACCAACAUGGGUACCCCUUUCAAUCUUCCCUUCGUCUCGCCCGCGGUUGAUUCCACCGUGGCGCCUCAAGCAGCUUCUUAUUCUAACGUCAGUCAUGCCGAUCCUAUGAUUGCAAACCAUUCUCCCCCGUUGUCAAACAUCUCGCACACCCCCCAAGACAUGUACAGUCUGGGCAAUGAGCAUCAGCCCACAUACACGGAUGACAGCAUGUCCAUGAAUGGGAUCUAUCCCAAGCAUAACCUGAGCUUUGCCGUUCCAACCUCGAUGGGCCUUGAGAGCAACACGUUCGAUCUGCCCAUGCAGACCAUGUCAGGUCAUACCUCUCCAGGUGUCCAUGGCGACUUUCAAAGCCUGACCCUGGAGAAUGUCGACCCCAACUCUUUGGCACCCGGUUGCUGAGGUUCACAUGGAUAGAGUCAGUGACGUUCAUCAUCGUCAUUAAAUCCACAAUUGCUCUAUGUUGGCAGAACGCACAUUGAUGAAGACCGUUAGGUCCUCGUUAUCGAUGUUUCCGGCUCCAUGGCUUGCUGUCGAACACGCUUCAUCGGGCUGAUGAAAUCCAGGCCUCCUGUCUGGCAACUGAUGAUGAGGAUGUAUCCUUUCUUGAUUAUGUUCAGCGUCUUCUGUAUUAAUAACCUUCUAUACGGGGCUGGUCCUGAGCGUUCAUCGCAUUUCACUUUCCCCAGCAGGCUAGCUGGGAUUUCUUUUCUUCUCCUGCCCUGACCAUUUUCUUUUUUUCAUUUUGUUUAUACCUGGUCAGGGUUUACGUGGUUAUGCCAGAAGUCAGACUCAGAUGGCGACAUUCGGUUUAUUUCUUGG